CGGGGAGGAAAAAAAACACACUAAAACAACUGACAGUCUGGGUUUUAUGUUUCCCCAAGUGUCUGCGAAAUGUCUACGAAGGCAGAGCAGUUUGCCUCUAAGAUACGAUACUUGCAAGAGUAUCACAACCGUGUGCAACACAAUAUUUACCCUGUGCCCUCCGGAACAGACAUUGCAAACACACUGAAAUACUUUUCCCAAACCCUGCUCAGCAUUCUGUCCCGCACAGGCAGGAAGGAGAACCAGGAAGCUUCCAAUUUGGCCGUGCCCAUGACCAUGUGUCUUUUUCCUGUGCCAUUCCCACUCACCCCAUCUCUAAGACCACAAGUCAGUUCCAUCAACCCUACAGUUACUCGCUCCCUCCUUUACAGCGUUCUGCGCGAUGCCCCGUCAGACCGCGGGGGGCAGGGGCAGCAGAGUCGGGACGCUCAGCUCUCAGAGUACCCCUCUCUGGACUAUCAGGGCCUCUAUGUGACCCUCGUGACCCUGCUUGACCUGGUGCCCCUGCUGCAGCACGGUCAGCAUGAUCUGGGACAGUCCAUAUUUUAUACAACAACUUGCCUCCUGCCCUUUCUCAGUGAUGAUAUUCUCAGCACUUUGCCCUAUACUAUGAUCUCCACUUUAGCCACUUUCCCCCCUUUCCUCCACAAAGACAUCAUUGAGUACCUGAGCACCUCUUUCCUCCCCAUGGCUAUAUUGGGCUCCACUAGGAGGGAGGGGGGCGUCCCGGCCUAUGUCAAUCUGUCUGCCUCCUCUAUGCUCAUGAUUGCAAUGCAGUACACCUCAAAUCCAGUAUAUCACUGUCAAUUGUUGGAGUGUCUAAUGAAGCACAAACAGGAAGUGUGGAAGGAUCUCCUUUAUGUAAUAUCUUAUGGACCAUCCCAAGUAAAGCCUCCAGCUGUGCAGAUGCUGUUUCACUACUGGCCCAACCUGAAGCCACCAGGAGCCAUCAGUGAAUACAGGGGGCUGCAGUACACAGCCUGGAAUCCAAUCCACUGUCAACAUAUUGAGUGCCACAAUGCCAUUAAUAAACCUGCUGUCAAGAUGUGUAUAGAUCCUACUCUUUCUGUUGCCCUGGGAGACAAGCCCCCUCCUCUUUAUAUAUGUGAGGAGUGCAGCCAGAGGAUAGCAGGAGACCACGCUGAAUGGCUCGUUGAUGUACUGCUGCCCCAAGCAGAGAUAUCUGCCAUUUGCCAAAAGAAGAACUGUAGCUCUCAUGUUAGGAGGGCUGUGGUCACCUGCUUCUCGGCUGGCUGCUGUGGGCGCCAUGGCAACCGGCCUGUCCGCUACUGCAAGCGUUGCCAUGUCAACCACCACAGCAGCGAGGUGGGGGCUGCGGCGGAGACCCAUCUGUACCAGACCUCGCCCCCUCCCAUCAACACCCGGGAGUGCGGAGCGGAGGAGCUGGUGUGCACUGUGGAAGCUGUUAUAAGCCUUCUCAAGGAGGCAGAAAUUCAUGCAGAACAGCGUGAGUUUGAGCUGAACAGGCGUCGUCAGAUGGGCCUCUCCGCCUCCCACCACUCUCUGGACAACAUCGAGUUUGAUAACAAGGAGGACGACCAGCACGACCAGCGCCUCCUCAGUCAGUUCGGCAUCUGGUUCCUGGUGAGCCUGUGUACCCCGAAUGAGAACACUCCUACAGAGAGUCUGGCUCGGCUGGUCAGCAUGGUCUUCCAGUGGUUCCAUUCCACUGCCUAUAUGAUGGACGAUGAGGUUGGAAGCCUGGUGGAAAAGCUAAAGCCUCAAUUUGUCACCAAGUGGCUAAAGACUGUGUGUGAAGUGCGCUUUGACGUCAUGGUCAUGUGUCUGCUGCCCAAACCUGUUGAAUUUGCCAGGGUGGGAGGUUACUGGGACAAGUCAUGUAGCACGGUGACCCAGCUGAAGGAGGGCCUGAACCGCAUCCUGUGUCUGAUACCUUACAAUGUCAUCAGUCAACCUCUGUGGGAGUGCUUCAUGCCUGAGUGGCUGGAGGCCAUCCGCACUGAGGUGCCCGACCACCAGCUCAAAGAGUUCCGGGAAGUGCUCAGCAAAAUGUUUGAUAUUGAGCUGUGCCCCCUGCCUUUCUCCAUGGAGGAAAUGUUCGGCUUCAUCAGCUGCAGAUUCUCUGGCUAUCCAGCAUCUGUGCAAGAGCAGGCUCUGCUGUGGCUGCAUGUGCUGUCAGAGCUGGACAUUGUGGUUCCUCUUCAGCUGCUGAUUGGGAUGUUCUCUGAUGGAGUGAACUCUUUGAAGGAGCUGGCCAAUCAGAGGAAGACACGUGCCUCAGAUCUGACUGGCAACACUGGGGCCCGCAGGGUGAGUGUGGUAUCAGAUCCAGGACGCCGUGGGCAGCACAACACCCUCAGCCCAUUCCCCAGCCCCUUCAGGAGCCCGUUCCGCAGCCCCUUGCGCUGCAGCCCCUUCAAAAACCUGGGUCACGCCACUGGCCACUGUGCCCUGGAUCUGGACUGUGACGAUGAUGACAUGAACCUCGGCUGCUUCAUCCUCAUGUUUGACCUCAUCCUAAAGCAGAUGGAGCUCCAGGAUGAUGGUGUGAUGCUGGGUCUAGACAGCAGCCUGGGGAAGGAUAUCGUGGGCAUUAUCAACAAUGUCUUCCAGGCCCCAUGGGGGGGCUCACACACCUGCCAGAAGGAUGAGAAGGCCCUAGAGUGCAGCCUGUGCCAAUCCAGCAUCCUGUGCUACCAGCUGGGCUGUGAGCUCCUGGAGAGGCUGACCCCCCGAGAAGAGAUACGCCUGGUGGAACCCACGGACAGUUUGGAGGAAACUUUGCUCUUACCUCAAACAGAUUUUUCCCUCGGGAUGGAAAAUGGAAGUGAGGAAGGGGACAACCCAAGUGGCACACACACUGACAACCCCAGUAACCACUCUCCUGAUAACGCAUCCAUGAAGAAUAACACCGAUAAGAAAUUCUCCUAUCAGCAGCUCCCUGUGUCUUUGAAGCUUAUAUACACCAUCCUGCAGGAAAUGUCCAAGUUUGAGGAGCCUGACAUCUUGUUCAACAUGCUGAACUGUCUGAAGAUCCUGUGUCUCCAUGGAGAGUGUUUGUACCUUGCCUCCAAGGAUCACCCCCAGUUUUUGGCUUACAUCCAGGAGAAGAUGCUCAUCCCGAGUCUGUGGUCCAUGCUGAAGUCAGAGUUUUGCCAGUUAGCCUCUCUGGCUGUGCCUCAGCUCCUCCACGCCCUCUCUUUAUCCCAUGGGGCCGACAUCUUCUGGAACCUCAUCAACUCGAACUUCAACAGCAAAGACUGGAAAAUACGAUUUGAAGCAGUUGAGAAGGUAGCGGUGCUGUGUCGGUUCCUGGACAUUGGCGCAGUGACGAAGAACCACUUGCUCAAGUAUUCCCUGGCCCAUGCUUUCUGCUGCUUCCUGGCUUCUGUGGAGGACGUCAACCCAGCCGUGGCCACACGAGCCAGACUGCUACUGGACACCAUCAAGAGGCCAGCCCUGCAGGGCUUGUGUCUGUGCCUGGAUUUCCAGUUUGACACUGUUGUGAGGGAUCGACCAGUCAUCCUCAGCAAACUCCUGCUGCUGCACUUCCUGAAGAAAGACAUUCCUGCGCUUAGCUGGGAGUUUUUUGUCAACCGCUUUGAAACAUUAUCUCUGGAGGCCCAGUUACACCUGGACUGCAACAAGGAGUUCCCUUUCCCUACAACCAUCACAGCCGUACGAACCAAUGUAGCCAACCUCAGUGAUGCAGCAUUGUGGAAGAUACGAAGGGCCCGUUUCGCCAGGAAUCGGCAGAAGAGUGUGCGUUCGCUCCGUGACAGUGUGAAGGGAGGCCCGGCGGAGUCUAAACGGGCAUUUUCUCUCCCUGAGUCACUGAGCAACCGACUUCGCCAAACCCCGUCUCCCGAGGACGACACCAUCAUCAGAGACCUGCUUCCUGAGGACGCUGGCAUAGAUCACCAGACAGUUCACCAGCUGAUCAUGGUGCUCAUGAAAUUUAUGGCCAAAGACCAGAGCAGCGCCGAGGCCGACAUUGGCAGCGCCAAGGCUUUCAACACUGUGAAGCGUCACCUGUACGUGCUGCUGGGUUAUGACCAACAAGAGGGCUGCUUCAUGAUCGCACCUCAGAAGAUGCGCACCUCUACCUGCUUCAAUGCCUUCAUCGCUGGCAUCUCACAAGUGAUGGACUACAAUAUUAGUUUGGGGAAGCAGCUGCUCCCUCUGGUGGUCCAGGUGUUGAAGUACUGCACAUGUCCACAGCUGAGACACUAUUUCCAGCAGCCGCCUCGAUGCUCUCUCUGGGCCCUGAGGCCACACAUCAGACAGAUGUGGCUCAAAGCCCUGCUAGUUAUCCUGUAUAAGUACCCUUACAGAGACAUGGAUGGCAGUAAAGUGGUCCUCCAUCUAAUCCACAUCACUAUCAACACACUCAAUGCCCAGUAUCACAGCUGUCGUCCACAUGCUACAGCAGGACCCCUCUACAGCGACAAUUCCAACAUGAGCCGCUACAGUGAGAAGGAAAAAGAAGAGGACAGUGUAUUUGAUGAGUCAGACGUCCAUGACACUCCCACUGGUGCUGCUAACAAGGAAUCACAGACCUUCUUUGCCCGCCUAAAGAGGAUUGGUGGCAGCAAGUCUGUGAAGUACCAGCCGGUAGAGCUGAAUGCCAAAAAAAGUGAAAUUGAGCUGUCAGAGUACCGUGAAGCCAGCGCCCUUCAGGACAGCAUUCUGCACUGUGUGAGGGAGGAGAGCACGAGGAAGAAGAGGCUGCAGGCCAUGCACAAGCAGAAGUCUCUGGACAUUUCCAACACGGACUCCAUCCUCUUCAAUCUCGAUGAGCACAGACGCAAGUCCUGCAUCGAUCGCUGCGACAUGCAGGUGCCCCCUGUGGUCCUGCCCCCGUCCUUGGCCAUGUCCCACAGUAGGCAUCACGGCAAAGGAUCCUCGGAUUGCUCUUCGUUUCGGGUGGAGGCCAGCGAUCCCGUGGACAGGCGAGGCUCUCGAGGGGGCCAGUCUGACAUCUCCAAACCUGUCAUCCCUGAGGUCCGCCUCAGCUGCAUGGAGACCUUUGAGGACAAGUUGGACCAGGGCUCCUUAGUGGGAUCAGCUCAGGGAAAAGAGGACCAAGAUCUCAUUGACCUCUCUUCUGACUGCACCUCUAUUCCGGAGAAACACUCACUGCUCUCCAUGUCCGACAGCGAUUCCUUGGUCUUUGAACCGUUGCCUCCUUUGAGGAUUGUGGAGAGCGAUGAGGAAUUCGACCUAAACACUGUCAUAAGCUCCAAGUUCAAUGGGAGUCCAAAGGUCUCUGCUUCCCCUGCCAGCAGUAACACCCUACGACUGUCUCCGGUGGUUCAGGUGAGUGUGGAGGACUGCUCCAGUGACAAAAAGACCCCAGAUUUGUUGGCGGGAGGUCGAGGCUCAGAAAAACCAUUUGUAGAAAAGAAGCCAAGCCUUGUGACUCCCAGCACCUCGCUGGAUCUUCCUGAUCGGCUGGAAAAUGUCUGCCACGAAAGCCCCAUGACCCUGAAGCAGAAAAGAGACCUGCUGAGGAAGACCCCACAUGUCCCUGACACCUCGUUAGAUGACACAUUUGUAGCCCCUGAAGAGGUGAAGACUGGGACAAGUCCCUGUAGUAGGACCAUCUUCUUGGACAUCCCAGAAGAUAAAGCAGAGCCUCUUUCCUCACCAGAGAAAAGCAAGAGUAACAGCAACGAUGAAGAAGAGUAUGGUGACGAUGAAGACGAUGACGACAUGGGUGACGACGCAGAGUUUAAAAUCCAGAUUGUUCCCCGACAACGGAAGCAGAGGAAGAUAGCCGUGAGCGCCAUCCAGAGGGAGUACCUGGACAUUUCGUUUAACACGUUUGACAAGCUGGGCGGCGAGCAGUCCACAGAAACCGAUCACAAAGUUCUGUCUACUUUGGAAAAACCACGAGAAUCUGCCUCAGCCCCAACGCUUGAAGCUGCUAUGCCUGAAACAAGCCACCGCUCUUCAGUAUCAACUCAGUACCGUCAGGUGAAGCGAGGCUCUCUGGGAGCUCUGACCAUGAGCCAGCUAAUGAAGAGACAGCUGGAGCAUCAGUCCAGCGCACCACACAACAUCAGCACCUGGGAGACGGGUCAGUUGCCUCAGACUUCCAUUUAUUCUUGUCUUACCAAAAGCCUGCUGUUCUUUCAUUACCAAUAAUCUUCCUCCGCAGGUCCUACGAAAACCAGUCUGCUCUCUGCACCAAGCACAGUGAGCAUGUUUGUCCCUGCGCCUGAAGAGUUCAUUGAUGAGCAGCCUACCACAAUGUCUGACAGGUGUCGUGACUGUGCUGCAGUGCUGGAGGAAUACGACGAGGAGACUCUCAGCCUCGCAGUGGUCGUUCUCUCCAUGUUCAUCCACCUCAGCCCUGAUUUGGCUGCUCCAAUGCUUCUCGACAUCAUGCAGUCUGUGGGCAGGUUGGCAUCCAGUGCCAAUUUUUCUGGACAAGCUGAGAGUAUGUUGAUCCCAGGGAAUGUAGCAGGUGUAGCCAAGCAGUUCCUGCGCUGUAUGUUUCACCAGCUGGCCCCUAAUGGCAUCCUGCCCCAACUCUUCCAAAGUAACAUCAAAGAUGGAAGUUUUCUGAGAACACUUGCGUCUUCGUUGAUAGAUUUCAAUGAACUGAGUUCCGUAGCUGCCCUCAACAUGCUGCUCGAGGGCUUGAACAACAAGAAGAGUCUGCCAGCAGGGGGCACAAUGCUGCACUGCCUGGACAACAUCGCCACCUUCAUGGAGGCUCUCCCCAUGGACUCUCCCAGCAACCUGUGGACGACCAUCUGCAACCAGUUCCAGACCUUCCUCACAAAACUGCCCUCUGUGCUUCCUCUGAAGUGCCCCAUGGACUCCAGCUUGAGGAUUAUCAUUUGUCUGCUGAAAAUCCCAACCACAAAUGCUACCCGGAGCCUCCUGGAGCCCUUCUCCAAGUUGCUGAGCUUUGUCAUCCAGUAUGGCAUGUUCAGUCUCUCCUACCUCGUAGAACUGUGCGGACUGUGUUACAAAGCCUUCAACAAGGAGAGAGAUAAGUUCUACAUGUCCCGCAUUGUGGUGUUAGAGCUUCUGCAGGCUCUCAAGUUCAAGUCUCCUCUGCCUGACACAAACUUGUUACUGCUGGUCCAGUUCGUUUGUGCAGAUAUCGGUACACGGCUCGCAGAAUCCACCAUCAUCCAAAAGCACAUGAUCUCUACGCUGCCGGGGUGCACAACUGCAGCAAUGGAAUGCAUGAGGCAAUACAUAAGUGAGCUCCUGGACUUCAUUGCAGAUAUGCACACUCUAACCAAACUUAAGAGCCAUAUGAAGGCUUGCUGUCAGCCUCUGCAUGAGGACACUUUCGGGGGGAACCUGAAAGUGGGCUUGGCACAAGUCGCCGCCAUGGAAAUCAGCAAAGGCAAUCAUCGUGAUAACAAAGCUGUGGUCCGUUAUCUUCCCUGGCUUUAUCAUCCUCCAUCCACCAUGCAACAAGGGCCUAAAGAAUUCAUCGAGUGCGUGUCCCACAUCCGUCAGCUGUCCUGGCUUCUUUUGGGCUCCUUGACACAUUUUGCCCUGCACCAGGGUUCCACCUCCUGCAUGCCCAUCCCUCUUGAUGCUGGCUCCCACAUCGCAGAUCAUCUUAUUGUCAUCCUCAUUGGCUUCCCAGAACAGUCCAAGACGUCAGUGCUGCACAUGUGUUCUCUGUUCCACGCCUUCAUGUUCGCCCAGCUGUGGACCAUUUACUGCGAGCAGGCAGCUGCAGCUCCGUCCCUGCAGAACCAGAACCAGACAGAGUUUUCCUCCAGUGCCAUCCUCACUGGCCUAGAGUUCUGGAGUCGGGUUACACCAAGCAUCCUGCAGCUCAUGGCCCACAAUAAAGUGAUGGUAGAGAUGGUGUGUCUCCAUGUCAUUAGUCUGAUGGAAGCCUUGCAGGAGUGCAACUCAACCAUAUUUGUCAAGUUAAUUCCUAUGUGGCUUCCCAUGAUUCAGUCAAACCUUAAGCAUCUGUCUGCGGGGCUACAGUUGCGUCUCCAGGCCAUUCAGAACAGGGUGAACCACCAGUGUCUGCAGGGCCAGACAUCCGGAGCCCCUCCAUUCGCUCUGCGCAAGUGGCUGCAGUGCACCCAGUUCAAGAUGGCUCAGGUGGAGAUCCAGUCGUCUGAGGCCGCCUCACAGUUCUACCCCAUGUGAUGGGGUCACAUCGGGGUCGUCUGGGUCUUCAGACCUGCAUGUACCUGUUCCGGCUGAACCAAAAAAAAACAAAAAGAAAAGGACUCUGAUGUAAACUGAUACUGUGGGAUUCAUUUGGACUGAAUCAUUCAGCACCUUUAGUAUAAUAUCUAUAUAUGUACAGUAAAUCUAUACUAUUUUAAAGUACUAGCACUGGAACUGAUAAUUUAUGGUUUGGUAGGGUUGUGUUGGAUUAUUGUAUCAGGUGCCUAU